AUGUUGGUUGAUGGUUUAAAGUCAAAGAGAGCUUCAACAAAGAAGAGAUCAACUACUACUAUAUCAUCUGCCAUAGACCUCGAUACUGAAUUCGAUACUGAUGAUCAUAUGGCAACUAUAUCCCUACCAACUAAAAAGACAUCAACUGCAUCUGCAUCAUCAUCAUCAGCUUCAUCAUCAUCAAAGAAGAUCAUCUCACAGAGACAACAAGAGUUGUUGAAGAAGCAACAACAACAACAAAUGGAGGAAGAGGAAGAGGAGGAGGAGAGUGAGGAUGAGGAAGAGGAUGUUGAGGAGGUUACAAAUCAAGAUGAAGAGAUGAUCACAGAGGUGCCAGAGGUCAAGAAAGAGGAGAAUACCGAGCACAACAAGGACUCAAUCGACGUCAGCCAUAUUAGAAGAUCAAUCAACCCUCUUGUUGGCAAGCCAGUGUCUGGAAGAGUCUGGAAGACAAAGCCACAGAAGAAGUACAAUGUAAUUAAAUCAAAGGGAUUCAGAAUGUCAUGGGAGGAUAAGGAGAAGUUGAGAGAGCAGAAGCGUAUCAUCAAAGAGAAGGAGACUGCUAUGAGAGGUGAGACCAGACGUCAGAAGAUCGACAAUGUAAACCUGGUCAAGGAGAGAAAGAAGAUCAAGGAGGCAAACGAGCGCAAAGGAGAGCAAUACCAAGUUAUCAAGAGCACAUUGAAGAUUAAGCAGAUGACAAAGAAGCAGAAGAAGCUCCUCCGUAUGCUAUAA